AUGCCUGCAGAGCGCUCUAAUGGCAAGGUUAAGCGUCCACCAAACGCGUGGAUCCUUUUUCGUUCAGAUAUCGCUCGUGCACUCGCUCAAGAGGAGGAACUUCACCCAGAGUUGCCUCGUAGAACGCAGGCGCAGAUUUCCAAAGAGAUUUCAUAUUUAUGGAGCAUUCUAGAUCCUGAACGUAAGGCAGAAUACGAACGUCGUGCCGAAGCUAAGAAACACGAACACACUAUGCUCUAUCCUGACUAUCGAUUUCAACCUAUGAAGAAGGAGGAGAAGGAACGCCAGAAGCAGUUGAAGAAGCAGAGAGAUAGAGAAGAACGCUAUAGGCAACGUGCAACGGAAGCAGUGGCCUCAAGUUCUCGAGCUCAGUCGGUCAACCCAUCGCCCAUUCCUCCAGCAAUACCUCUUCCCACUGCGGCACUUCUUCUCAACCAUUCAACCCCUCCUCCAACCUCUCUACUUUCCCAACUCACUUCACAACUUCAUCUACCCUUAUCCUCUUCCCAGUCACCUCGUGAUUCUGACGCUGACCCUGGGCCUUCCCCUCCUCUUUGCGCAGCUGAUUCACCCUGCGAUACCACAACUUCCGGUGGAGACAGCCGGCAGGCCUUGACCCUCCAACUAUCUCCCCUCGAAUUGCCUCCUGCUGGAACCCAGAACGCGAAUGAAAUCACCCAACCACUAAUGUCUCCUCGACUGAAUACUUCAUGGACGCUUCCGUCCGAAGGAGACAGCACUGCAUUGAAUAUUAUGUCUGAACCUGCUCCUACGUUAUGGGAAGACUCCUCCGAACGAUUGUCGUCUCAGCCGGGUUACUUAACCCUUGACAUUCCUCCUCCUCAGAAUUCAUGGAAUGCCGAUGGUGUAGCGAUGUUUGACGAAUCCCUGCAGGCUCUCCUCACCAGCUCCGGUGAUCCGUCCAUCUUUCACCUGAACAAUGUCAACCCCGAUAUGUUGGACAUGGGUGCAACACUCGAUAUCUCUGUCGGAGAUGUCAACAUCGAUUUGAGCAUGUUUUCCUAUGCUGAAUGGGCAGACGUGUUGACAGAGUACAUGCCAAACGAUAACUUCCAUACUGGAAUUGACGAUAACACCGUCGCCCUCAACGAUAUGCGUACGCCUUCGAAUCCCCUUUCUUCGCACUCUACAGAAUACGAAGAUGACUUAAGCCGGUACAUCGACUUGGACGGCGCUGCAUCUAGCCAUCAACCAUCUCUGAUUCCCGCGGAACUUCAGUCACCUCCCCCUCAAACUCAUUCGCCCGCCUCAGAGACCCUUGAAGUUCCUUCAUCGCGAUCAACAUACGCCCCUCCUGUUCAUUCGAGUCAAAGAAGACCAGGCGGAACAUGGAAGCCACCUGCCACCUUUGGAGAAGUCACCGUUCAGCCUUGGAAAGUGCGGGCGAACUGA